AUGUCAUAUUGUUUUUAUUUUGGAUGCCACAGGAUUUAUUUAUUUAUUUUCCUGUUGUCAUCUGUUUUGACUUUAAAUAAUUCAUUUGCUAUAACAUCAUCUAUUUCAUCUGAAAGUACACCUUAUUGUUCAUUUUUUUCUAAUCGAGCACCAAGUCCACAACCAGCAUUAACAAAUUGUACAUGGUUUAAAAAGAAUAGCUGUUGUCAUGAUAAUGAAGUACGACUUAUUUUUUCUCAAGUCCGUCCAUUAAUUGGUUCAUCAUCAGAAUGUACACGUUUUAUAAAUGUAUUAAUGUGUUAUGUAUGUUCACCAUUGCAACAUGUAUUUUAUCGUAGUGAACGUUUACAUGUAUGUUUAUCUUAUUGUAAUCGAAUGUAUAAAGCAUGUGCAACAGCAUUAAUGAAAGGUAUACCUGUUGGUAAAUUAUAUGCAAAUGGACGAGAAUUUUGUCUUUCACGACGUUUUGAAAUCAAUGAUAUUUAUAAUUCAUCAUCAUGUUUUUCUGAUGAUGAUUUAAGUAUUCAAAUCAAACAAAAUAAAAUUGGUGAUGUUAAUAUUGGUUCCACAAAUGUUGAACGACCAAACUUAUUUAAAUUAUUUAUUGUUAUAUGUCUAGCAGCAAUGCUUAGUUUUAUUUUAUGUUAA